UAGGAGACAGGAGAUGACACAGUACAGAGAUGACCAGAGACUGCGGACACAGUACAGGAGAUGACCAGAGACUGCGGACACAGUGCAGGAGAUGACCAGAGACUGCAGCCACAGUACAGGAGAUGACCAGAGACUGCGGACACAGUACAGGAGAUGACCAGAGACUGCGGACACAGUACAGGAGAUGACCAGAGACUGCGGACACAGUACAGGAGAUGACCAGAGACUGCGGACACAGUACAGGAGAUGACCAGAGACUGCAGACAUAGUACAGGAGAUGACCAGAGACUGCAGACACAGUACAGAUGGCCAGAGACUGCAGACAGUGCAGGGGAUGACCAGACACUGCAGACAGGAAAGGAGAUGACCAGAGACUGCGGACCUUUGGGGAGGGAGGGGGAGCGUGUACCUGAAUUUGACAGGAGUUGU